AUGCUGCCGGGCGGCCGCCGCUUCGUCUGCACCUCGCUGCCUCUGGACGCCGCCUGCCCGCUGCCCGCCGCGCCCGCCCCGGGGGUCGGCCUGGCCCCCGAGGAGGAGCUGAAGGCCACCGUCCUCCGCCUGCGGGAGACCAUCCUGCAGCAGAAGGAGACGCUGGGCCAGCAGCGGGAGACCAUCCGCGAGCUGACCGCCAAGCUGGGCCGCUGCGAGGGCGGGCCCGACGGCAAAGGGGGGCCCUGGAGGAAGGAGGGCAAAGGGAAGGACACCAUGGGCGAUCUGCCCCGCGACCCCGGCCAGGUCAUCGACCAGCUCAGCCGCACCAUGCAGACCCUCAAGGACCGCCUGGAGAACCUCGAGCAUCAACUCCGCUCCAAUGUGUCCUACGCCGCCCUGCCUCUUGAUCUCCGCGAGAUGCUUCAAAAGAGACUCGGGGAUCUAGAGCGUCAGCUAUUCAGCAGAGUGGCAGAACUGGAGAACGAGAAAUCUCUGCUCCACAACGAGACUUCCUCCCACCGGCAAAGGACCGAGGCAGCCUUGAACGCACUGCUGGAAAGAGUUUCUGAGCUGGAAAGAGGUACCAGCGCCUUCAAGUCGCCAGAUGAGUUCAAAGUCUCCCUGCCCCUCCGCACCAACUACCUGUAUGGGAAGGUGAAGAAGACCCUGCCAGAGCUGUACGCCUUCACCGUGUGCUUGUGGCUGAAGUCGAGCGCCUCACCUGGAAUCGGGACGCCCUUCUCGUACGCCGUCCCCGGCCAGGCGAACGAAGUGGUGUUGAUCGAGUGGGGGAACAACCCCAUCGAGCUCCUGAUUAACGACAAGGUCGCGCAGCUCCCACUCUUCAUCAGCGACGGGAAGUGGCACCACAUCUGCAUCACCUGGACGACACGGGACGGCAUGUGGGAGGCCUUCCAGGAUGGGGAGAAACUGGGCACCGUGGCCAACUUGGCUCCGUGGCACCCUAUUAAACCGGGAGGGGUCCUGAUUCUCGGCCAGGAGCAGGACACCGUUGGCGGACGGUUUGAUGCGACUCAGGCUUUCGUUGGCGAGAUGAGCCAGUUCAAUAUAUGGGACAGGGUCUUGAAGCCCGAAGACAUCAUGAAUAUCGCAAACUGCUCGACCAACAUGCCCGGUAACAUCAUACCGUGGGUCGACAACAACGUUGAUGUCUUUGGCGGCGCGGCUAAAUGGCCCGUGGAGACGUGUGAAGAGCGCCUACUAGAUCUAUAG